GGAGCUGGAUCCCGGCUCGCAUGGGGGAGUCUAUCCCGCUGGCCGCCCCGGUCCCGGUGGAACAGGCGGUGCUGGAGACGUUCUUCUCUCACCUGGGUAUCUUCUCUUACGACAAGGCCAAGGACAAUGUGGACAAGGAACGAGAGGCCAACAAGAGCGCGGGGGGCAGCUGGCUGUCGCUGCUGGCGGCCUUGGCCCACCUGGCCGCGGCCGAGAAGGUCUAUCACAGCCUCACCUACCUGGGGCAAAAACUAGGGGGCCAGUCCUUCUUCAGCCGGAAGGAUUCCAUCCGAACCAUCUACACGUCCCUGCACAACGAGCUCAAGAAGGUGGUGACUGGCCGGAGCGCCCUGGGUGGGACCGCCCCCCACGUGGAGGAACUACUUUCCCACCUGUCAGAGCAGCUCUGCUUCUUCGUUCAGGCCCGGAUGGAGAUCGCAGACUUCUAUGAGAAGAUGUACACCCUCAGCCCGCAGAAGUUCAUCAACGCUGAGGAGCUUGUUGGCCUCUUGGACGCCAUCCUCAAGAAGUACAGCUCCAGAUUUCACCACCCCAUCCUCAGUCCUUUGGAAAGCAGUUUCCAGCUGGAAGUGGACGUCCUGAGUCAUCUCCUGAAGGCCCAGGCUCAGGUCUCGGAGUGGAAGUUCCUCCCGUCCCUGGUGAACUUGCACAGCGCUCACACCAAGCUGCAGACUUGGGGCCAGAUCUUUGAAAAGCAGCGGGAGACCAAGAAACAUCUGUUUGGAGGGCAAUCUCAGAAGGCAGUUCAGCCCCCACACCUUUUCCUCUGGCUGAUGAAACUCAAAAACAUGCUUCUUGCCAAGUUUAGCUUUUACUUUCACGAGGCACUGAGCCGGCAAACGACUGCUUCAGAAAUGAAAACGUUGACUGCAAAAGCCAACCCAGACUUUUUUGGAAAGAUUUCCAGCUUCAUCAGGAAGUAUGACGCUGCCAAUGUGUCCUUAAUCUUUGACAACCGAGGUUCUGAGAGCUUUCAGGGUCACGGCUAUCACCACCCCCAUUCCUACAGAGAGGCCCCUAAGGGUGUGGACCAGUAUCCAGCUGUGGUGUCUCUGCCCAGCGACAGGCCCGUCAUGCACUGGCCCAAUGUCAUCAUGAUCAUGACAGACCGCAUGUCCGAACUGAACAGCUUGGAGAAGGUGGUCCACUUCUAUGAUGACAAAGUUCAGAGCACCUACUUCCUAACCCGCCCGGAACCUCACUUUACCAUUGUCGUCAUCUUUGAAUCAAAGAAAUCUGAAAGAGACUCCCACUUUAUUUCCUUCCUCAAUGAGCUCUCACUGGCCCUCAAGAACCCCAAAGUUUUUGCGAGUCUGAAGCCUGGCUCCAAAGGCUAGCAGGUGGUUUGUGUGAAAGGUUCGCAAGACUGGAAGGUGUGUUCCUAAUUGCUCUAAUGAUCUGCUGUGGUCUGUGAUUAGAGUUUCCAUCCAUUCUUGCUUCUUUCAGAGCUAAAUUAAAGACAAAUCCUCCCUAAUUGUGUUGCACACUAUCUAAGCAAUUAAGGCCAAUUGAAUUAAGUAUCCAAAGAGUAAUCUAGGAAGUGAUCAUGGCUACUGUGUCUCUCCAUGGUACAGCAGAGGACCUGCAGCAUUUUCUCCUAUUUUCCUGUUUCACGUAGACUGAAUAUUUAUUAGCCUUUGGCUUUUCUUUCCACCUGUUUUACAUUGUUCUAAACUGUGUUUUAAUGCGAUUCCAAACGCCUUCUCCUCUCCCCUCCUUGCAGGACCAGUAAAUGGGAUAAGAUAUUAAAUGGCCUUUUCAGAAUGAUAUGUUUUCUAUAUCACAAAUUAGCAAGUUAACAUGAAAUUAGUUUUAUGUUUCUCAUCCACUAAUUAAUAUUUUGGAUACCAAAAUCAGUGUCUUGGUGAGAAAUUUCUGUCAGUUAUGGAAAUUGAAGGUGAAUCAGAAUGGUCGCAUAGCAUCAGUUCUAACAGUUCAGAAGGCUCCCAUGACUACUUUAACAGUCACGGGUUCUUUGGGGGUGAUCUACACACAUAACUGCAUUUGCAUUUACCCUUAUAAAUCAGAGCGACUUUUUCACUCUGAAAGUUAGCAUAAGCCAUAACAUGGGGUUUCUUCACUCCUCCCCGUGUCAUCUACUUGGCUUUCUGUUUUUCACCUUUCUCCUGAGACGUAUGUUCAUGUUUGGCUCCGCUCCCUUUUUAUUCUUAGGCUGAAAAACCAUGUAGUCUUCAUUUUUCAGCCACUUUUAGACAUUCUUGCAACUUAGUCUGCUUUUCUAAUAUAAGAAUGUUGGUAUCAAUACCUUGUACUUGCUAAACAUCAAUUGUGCAUUCAAAAGACCUCUUCAUAGUUGAGUAAUCCAAUCAGUACUUAAUUUAAGCAUCUCUGAACUUGGGUUUCAAGACUGUCUCCUCCAGAUUAUCCUCAGAAGCAGUGAUACAUCUUAACACGUGCUGCCUUAACACUUUCCUUCGGUGGGUGUUCAAGGGGACGUAGAUGGACCCAUGAAGGCUUAACGGGCUAUGGGAAAUUUCACUUCUAGGUUAUUGAUUUAGAAUAAAAAUAAGCCACAAAGAGUCACUGAGUUUUUACUAUUUGUUGGUUCCUUCAGUGCUUGUAUGCAGUGUAAUGAUUGGCUUGUCCAGUUUAUCAUGAUCGCACAGAGCCAAGGUUUCCCCAGGCUGUUCCAGCGGGGGAGCUGGCGCUGGGCAGAGCUGCUCCCAGCCUGGACCGGGAGGCCUGCCCACCUCCAGCGGGACUAUGUGCUGGAAGGACCUACUGGCCUAUUUUCUAUUUCUUUUCUUUUUCUUUUUUUUUUAAAUCAAAGUCAUAUAUAUAAAAAGCCAGUUUGCUUUAAAUAGAAAGUAGUGAUUCUGCAUUUUAUUCACUCAGGUUCCAUAAAAAUCUGAACAACAUCGAACUUACAUAAAAAAUUGAAAACUGGAACUAAAAAGUCAAAUCGUUUUUCUUCCCUUUUGCGCUUUGCCAAGAAGCUGAAAAGUACUCCUUGGUGUUCAUGUAUUAUUUUUUGUCCUAGAUAAUACCAUUAGCCUUAAGGAUGUGGUCUCCCAUGUACCUAAAAGAAAUACGCUUCAGUGGAACACGGAGGAAGAGUGUAAAUAAAACUUGUAUAUAAUAUUUAAAUAACCAAUCCUUGUCUAGAACAUAUUUGAAAUGUAUAUUUAUUUUUAAACAUAUUUUGGUUCAAGCCAAGAAACAAAGUGAUUCUACGCUGAGAUUUGUUCUCUAAAUCAGUAAAGAAAUGAUCCAUAAAGUCUGUAUUUUGCUAAAUGGAAGAGUAAAUCCGCAUAUUAUCUGCAGACUGUUUACUUUGAAAUUGUUUCUAAACCACAACUUGAUGCGUUUUUACGUGUAACUGGAAGUGUGGGGCAUGCUUACUGAGAUUGCCAACAUGUCCAUCAAGGAGGGUUCCUUUCAGGAUGCCCUUUGGAUGCAGGGUGAACGUUCACAACUCUGUCCCCUUGGGUCCAACCUGGCAUCUGACAUCAGACAUCAUUUAAGGGUGUGUGUGAACAUGCAGUCAUCUCCCCUUAUCUGCCAUUUUGCUUACCUCGGUUUCAGUUAUCUGCGGUCACCACAGUCUGAAGCUCAAAGCUGGGGUUCCGCCUCCAGAUGAAUUAUCGGGAGGUCAGUCAUAGCAUCUCACCACAUCAUGAUGCCUGCGUCGUUCACGUCCCUUUAUCUCGCUGCAUCAGCAUGCUGUCAUUCCAGGUCGUCCGGAGAAGGAAGAGCACCCUACAGUAAGAGAUUUUCAGAGAGAGACAGACCACACUCCCAUAACUGGAAUUACAGUAUAGUGUUAUAACUGUUGUAUUCUAUUAUUGCUGUUCACUUCUCACCGUGCCUCAUUUACACAUUACACUUUAUCAUAAGUGUGUGAGUAUAGGAAAGAUCAUAGUAUAUUUAGAGCUUGGUACUGUGCAGUUUCAGGCAACUGCCUUGAGCGUACUCCUCGUGGGUCAGGGGGGGACUCCUGUAACUGAGGAGCCAAUACCCUUUACAUUAUUUCUCUGUGCACUGGAACAUCUCGUAGAAAAUUUACUUACAGGAAAGAAAAUAGUUGGUAACUCACUGCACUCCUGCAGAGCCACUCAUGGGAUCGUUAGAAAACGUCCGCCCUUUGAUCUAGCAGCAAACUUGCCUUGUGUUUUGGCUUAUCAGCCUCUGAGCUUGACUUUCUAUCUGUAAAAUGGGAAUAAGGAAACGCGGCUGCUGCUUUCAAAGGCUGUAUAAGAAUGGAAUGACAUCAUGCAUGUAAAAAAGGCUUUGCAAGCUUACUUGGGUUUGAAAACCAUAUAAAUAAAAGAUGGCCCAUUCUUUCCUUAAACUCAACACCUCUCCUGUUCUCGUCUUUCUCUUCAGAUCUGGGGCAUACGUGUGCUUGCCUCGUCACUGUGUUUGAACAGUACUUAACUAAUUUAGAAGAGGAGGCAGAUAGAUGCCUAAGCCACUCACCCUCCCUUCCCUCUCUCCUUAUUUUAGAAUCCUUGCGGUUCUUUGUUCCUAAAUUUUUAUGGCUGGUUGAUAGCAUCACUUUAGUUCUAUAGUCUUUACCGAUUUUUUUCUUUUUCUUUAUGGGGGGGUUCAGUUGCUCUUUUAAUUCCCAAGUGAGGUGUGUUAAAAUCUCUGUGAUGGUAGAUGUCAUCCUUUAUUUCUGUCAGGUUCUUGCAUCUUGUAUUUUAAAGCCCUUUUCUUAGGCCCAGAGACAUGUUAUUAAGAUGAAGUUUCCUGCUCUAUCUCCAUUACUGCUCCUUGCUUUGAAGUGCAUUUUGCCUGUUUUGUUUUCUUUUGUUUUGUUUUUGUUUUUUUACGACCCAGCUUACUUAUACUUAAUGUUCACAUGGUAUGUCUUUUCCUAUCCUCUCACUAUUUGUAUCAUUAUUUUUAAAGCGUCUAUGGUUAAGAACUAGAGAGAGAAGACUGAUUAAAAAGAGCAAUGGCCACCUCUGUGUGAUGCGUUCUGACCAGCUCUGCCUUCUGAUUGAAGUGUUUAAUGCAUUUCAUUUCAGACCUGUGAAGUUUUUACAAUCAGGACUUCGCUGAUGGUAUCCCUUCAGCCAGCACUGAAUAUGCUUUUUUAUCUUUUUUUUUCCUUCUUUUAAAAAAGAUUUUAUUUAUUUAUUUGACA